CGAGGUGUACUUACAGAACCUGCUCACCCGUAGUUAAGUUCCGCAUGAUGCCCCACUCUCUUCUCCUGCUUACCUUUGUUGGAAAAGGGUAUUCUUCUCUUUGUGGUCUGAGUGUUCUCGGGUAAAUCUAAAUCUGAAUGUUGAUACAAUCAGGUAAGCCCCCUUCUAUCGAAUCUAUACUACCAACCCUUAUAAAUUGAAUAUGACCUUCUACUUAUCGACGUCCGACUGCCGCUCGAAUCUGUCCAGACGGCGAAGCGCCGCAGGCGCGCUUUAUGGUGCGGGGGAAGCAGAGAGGACCCGAAAGACCAGGGCAGGAUCAUGCUCCGAGGCGGUAGAAAUAAUAUCAUGCUAGCUGCCCGUUGUACUAGUUUUGCAGGAACACGACCUCCGCAGCGCUAAUUCCGGAGCGGCAAAUAAAACCACGCAAAACGGGAUCAGAAGUCGGAGUAGAUCAUGGAUCUGCAGCAGCAGCAGAUGUUUUUGUUGCAGCAGCAAAUGCAGCUGCAACAGCAGCAGAUGCAGCUGCAGGCUCAGGCACAGCAGCUCCGGGCGCAGCAGCAGCAUAACGUGCAAGGCGGAAGUUUGGGAGCAGCUGCAGGUACAGGUGGACUACCAUCUGGUACUGCUGCAAACACACCCUUAUUCGGGUCGACGAUGGGCACUGCAACCACGAUGAGCAUGCAAGCGGCCGCCCAAUUUCUGCCCUCCCCGUGGCAGCAGCAGCAGCAGCAGCAAAUACACCAGGGAGUAGCUGCAGGUCCUGCGAAGGGUACUAGCACCAGCCAGCACACCAGUACGACUUAUCGGCCGAGGACGGCGAAGAAUAGUUUUGGCAAGCCCCACUACACGAACUCGCGCGGCCCGCGACCGGGCGGGAAGGCGAUCCAGAUGAUGGUCGGUCGGCAGUUGCAGGUUCCGGACGAGGAGGCGGAGCGAAAAAGGUACGAACGCGAGUACUUGGAAAGCAUCGGCGUGCUGCAACCCGGAGUGGAUCCACAGCCAGACACUGGCUACAACACAGCUGCACAAGCUCUUGCAGAGGAUAAUAUUAACCCCAACGACAUCAGAAUCGCGGGGGUGCGCCAGCCCUCGUCGUCGUCCUCCUACUAUCCAGGAACCGCGGGUGGUGGUGCGCAGCAGCAGGGUACUAGUAGUACAACAUUCAGUCGCGGUGGUGAGUUUAAUACGACACCCGGCGGGUCGUCUGAGGCAGCGGUGGAAGCACCCCUCGGCCCGCUCCCCGGGCCGGAGCGCGAGGAGCUCCCGAUCGACAAGUCGGCGGCGAAAAUUGUGUCCCAGGUGCGGCGAUUCAACACGGUCUGCGUGCAGGGCGAAACGGGCUGCGGCAAGAGCUCCCGUAUUCCCCAAUACGUCUACCACUUCUGCCGCACUCCCGCGCAGCAAAACAGCAACAAGAAAAUCAUCAUCACGCAGCCGCGCCGGCUGGCUUGCAUCACGCUCGCGAAGCGGGUGGCAGAGGAAAUGGGCGUGGGGACGAUGAUGUCGAUCGGGGAGAGCGAGGAGGGCGGCAGUGGUCACAGAAGUUCAGCUUCUAGUACAGCUGGACACAGAAGCUGCAAACCCUCGUCGCCCCUUGUCGGCUACAAGAUCAGCGGCGAGAGCAAGGUGGACGAAACGACAAAGCUUUUGUUUGUGACCACGGGGUACCUGCUGCAGUUGCUGGUGAAUGACCCGCUGCAGAUCCGCCGGUUUUCGCACGUGAUCCUGGACGAAAUUCACGAGCGGUCGGUGGAUUCCGACCUGCUCACCUUGGUGCUGAAGCUGCAGCGACAGUACAAGAUGGCCGACUUCAAGCUCAUCCUGAUGUCUAUGCAUUGCAAAAGUAUCGUACUUGUAUAAAUGCAUUACAAAUUUCCUCAGCAUGAGAAAUUUCUAAUGCAGAUUUGCCUUGGAAACAAGAUUUGCAAUGCAAGACUUGCAUUUGUACGGUUUCGAUACUUUUGCACAGGACAAUGUCAGCCACGAUGCAAGGGAACCUGUUCGCCAACUACUUCGACACCGGGGGCAUAUGACAGUGCACAACUCCCCCUCCCCCUCAUUUGUCAUGUAAAGCCCCAAAUCCAAGUGCUUCCCGGUGGCACUGUUUGCAUGACAGAUUCCCGAAGCCCAAACAGUAAGUACUACAGUAGGCGCAUGAACUUGUCAUGCACAGGCUCCAGGUGUGGCGGUGUUUGUGUUGCUGUUCAUGCAAUACAAAUGAGGGGGAGGGGGAGUUGUGCACCCUCAUAGGGCAGCGUCGGGGGCUUCGCGAACACGUUGCCGCCGCCGAUCUUCUAUCCUGUGCAAAAGUAUCGUACUCGUAUUGCAAUCAUGCAUUACAAAUCUUUCUUUAAAUGUGAAUCCGCAUUACAAAUUUUAUUUCUCAUGCUAAGGAAAUUUGUAAUGCAUUUAUACGAGUACGAUACUUUUGCAGUUGCAGUUCAUAUCUUCGUCGGCGCAAAGCGGUUUAAUGUGGAUAUUCUGUACCUGGACGACUUGUUUCCGUUUUCCUCCCACCCGGCUAUGAAGAACCAACAACACCAAAGCGGCGCCCGCCCUUGCGCGACGACUGGCGCGGAUUUGUUGCGGGCGCAGACGGGAAGAUGCUUGUCGGCCGGCAGCGUGGACCUUCUGCAGCAAACUCUGGAGCGGUACCAGAAGCAGAUCGACACCGCGAUGCGGCGAGCGGGCAACAAGGUGCAAAAUCAGACCUUCGUGGCGGACCAGCGCGAGACGGCCGCGGACGAGUUUCUGCGCAUGGCCGACGGGGGGGCCGGGGGUAGUACCAGCAGCGCCACCAGCAGUGCGACACUGCCGCCGAAGAUCCCGGAAAAUUUCAAUACCCUGGUGGCGGACUUGAUCCACUGUCUCGGCGUUGGUGGCGAGUCCAUUUUGGUGUUUUUGCCGGGGAUCGGGGAAAUCACCGAUUUGUACGAAGCGCUGCGGACGGAGUUCGAGGAUCAUGCGAAUCAAUACGGAAAGAAAAAAAUGCUGCACUACGAGCUGUUCGCGCUGCACAGCACGAUUCCGAUUGAGGAGCAGCACGGCGCGCUGUCCAACCCGGAGCGGGACACCGUCCACAUUUACCUCGCCAGCACCAUAUCCAGUGCAAAAGUAUCGUACUCGUAGUAAUUGCAAUCAUGCAUUGCAAAUUUUUUCCUUAAUGUAAAUCAGCAUAUACAAAUUUUAUUUCUCAUGCUGAGGAAAUUUGUAAUGCAUUUAUACAAGUGCGAUACUUUCUCAGUUCAUACAGCAUCGCGGAGUCGUCGCUGACGCUGCCGAAGGUGCGCGUCGUGCUCGAUUUCGGCCUGAAGCGGCAGCUGGGGUACGACAAGACGCGCGAGUCCGCCAGCCUGGUGACCAGCUGGAUCUCGCACGCCUCGGCGUCGCAGCGGUCUGGCCGGUGCGGGCGGGUGUUCACGGGAAUCGCGAUCCGCCUGUAUCCGCGCCGGCUGUAUCAUUUGUAAAAACGUCCCCACCCCAGAGCUGUCAUGCAAAUCUGCACGCUGAAAACAUUUCUCAUGCGGAGCCCCAUGAGGGGCAUUUGCUAGUCGUGUUUAGGAAUUUGUCAUGCUCCAACCAGCAUGAUAUGGUAGAUCUGUGAUGCUGCUGCACUAAGUAGCUAAACAGGAUUACACUACGAGGCCAAACUUGUCAUGCAUAUACUCCCAAAACUUGGAGAUUUGUGUUGCAAAUUUACCAACUUGACUCUGGUAUGGGGACGUUUUUCCACAGGAUAGGUUCUACCAGCACAUCAUGGCCCCGUUCGACCGGGCCGAGAUCGAGAACGCACCGCUGGAGCGUAUCUUGUGCAAAAGUAUCGUAUACUCGUACUAAUUGCAAAGAUGCAUGACAAAUGUUAUUCUUCUAAGGCAAAGAGCAUUACAAAUUCCACUUUCCUUCUUGCCAAAAUUUGUGAUGCAAUUUAUACUAGUACGAUGCUUUUGCAAUGCAUAGAGCGCCUGUACCUCCAGGUGAAGCAGCUGAGCACGAAGAUCCGCGAGCGCAUGCCGCGGAUCGGCUCGCUGCCGCCGCGGAACCUGCUGAAAAUGACCGUGCAGCCGCCGGGCACGGACCGCCUGGAGACCGCCGUGGCGAAGUUGGCGGACGUGGGGGCCCUCAUAUGGAUUGCAAAUAUGUCUGGGUCUGGGAGAUUACGAGAUUUGUCAUGCUGGUCUGGCAUGACCAAAAAGUUUGUGAUGCGUGUCCAAGAAGAGACCCUUUUGCCUGUCAUGCAAAAACGCAGUUUGUCAUGCGAAAAACGCAGCACAAAGAAGCGCAGAGAUUUCUCAUGCUUGGCUGUGCAUUACAGAGCAUCCACUAUUCCCGACGCAGCAUUACAAGUUUCCAGACCCAGACAUAUUUGCAUUUGAUACCUCACCGGGACGAGCGAUUUCGCGGACAUCACGCUGCUGGGCCAGCUGGCCAUCCAGCUCCCGCUGGACCUGCGCCAGGUGCGGCUCAUCUUCUUCGGGGCCUGCUUUGGGUGCGUCGCGGACUGCGUCGUGAUGGCCUGCGCGCUAUGGAUUGCAAAAGUGUCUGGGUCUGGAAACUUGUGAUGCUAAAAUGUGGAUGAUGGAACCAGUUUCGAAUGCAACACAGCAUGACAACUUUUGAGAACGCUUUCUCAUAGGGAAUCCGCAUCAGAAACUGCGUUUCUGCGUGUGCAAAAGAGGCUGUGACUUUUGUUGGCUAUGCAAUACAGAUGUCCUAGGUAUGGAGAGCUAGCAUUACAAGUUGCAGCCUUCCAGACCCAGACACUUUUGCAGUUGAUACGCGCUGGCGGCCAACGACCCGUUUACGCUGCCCUCGCAGUUCGUCCUGCGCGACCCGCACACCUUUUACCAGGCGCUCAGCCGCAGCUACGAGUGCCGAAAAAAGUUCGACAAAGACCAGCAGUCGGAGCCGUUGAUGCUGCGGAACCUGUUCGUCGCCUGGCUCAAGGGGUUGCGCAAUCCCGGCGGCGGAGAAGAAGAGGGGGUGGGCGGGGACGAAAGUAACCACUUCUACAACAACACAACGGCAGGAGUUCCGGAGCACCAAAGACCUCCUGAGACGGCGCUGCAAACGACCACGAAGCCCCGCAAGACGGGGAGGACCCGCGGACCACCAAACAUGAAGAAUUCCGCCGCGCAGCGCUACGCGUUCAUCCGGCACUCCGCGGUGUUUGCGCGGACCAACGCAAUCGUGCCGAAGCGGUUGACCCUGUUGGCGAUUCAGGUGAUCGAUGUGGCGGAGCGAGUGUUGCACUUCGUCGACGCAGGCCCCAUGCUGCAACUGCAGCGGCUGCUCUUCCGUCUCGGCUGCCCGGCCUACGCGAGGUCUUCAGCGAGUCCUGUUGGUGGAGAUGAGCCACGUCUUCAUCAUCCCGGCAGUGGUGGUGGUGUUCCGGUCCCCGCCGGGGGAACAAGGUCUUCUUCUACUUUGUUCAAUGAGGAGAUCAUCGCGGGGAAGAGCGGCGUGGAGGACAUAUUCGUGCGGGACAUGUUCAUUCUGCGCGCCGCCAUUGUGGCCAGCUGCUCGCCGCAAAUCUGUCACGGCAAGUUGAAGCUGGACAACAUCCACAUGCAGGCCAUGCUUGGCCUGAAGGACCUCCCGAACCCCUUUCGCGUCUGCUGCAUGCUGCCCGAUUUGAGUUGGGGCGUGAAGAGCCAGGCGUCGCUGUUGCAGCGGUCUCUCGCGAAGGCCUUCAACAACGAGUGCCGUCAGAUUGCCGUGUUUGAGGAAACCAACGACGGGCUCGCGGUGUUCCACAGCAAGGGUGCGAAGGCUGGCGCUGUUGGGGCGGAAAACGAUGAAAAGCACCAAACGACGGGACGAAAAACCAGCGAAGUUGCUGUUCAAGAUUCGGACGACAGCAGCGGCGACGAGGACGUGUUGCUCGAGCAGCAGAAGCAGGACGACCAGAUUUUGAGUGUCCUAGAGGAGGAGCUGCAGGAGUCCGCGGCAGAGUCCGAGCACGACGAUCGCGUGCGGCAGCGGGAGGAAAGCGACAGCGACGGGGAUGGGGUACAAGUGGGGAGAAGAAAAGCUUAUGGUGACGAGCAAAACCACGAAAAGGACAAAAGUAAAAGUAGUAGAAGCCUGGAGAAGAAGAAACGCCGGGAAAGGAAAGUACAGCACGAAGUUGUAGAUCUUGUUCCCACAAAAACCACGACUAAGCGCGGCCGUGGACGAAAUGAGAUAAGCGACAGCAGAAGUCCACCUGCAGCCAGGAGUAAAAAACGUCGACGCAGUCGGAGCAGUCGGAGCCGCGGCCAGAGCAGGCACAGUCGGGGGAGAGGUGAUGGCCUGCGCGGUGAUGAGAAUGCGGCAGGAGAGAAGCGACAAAAGCGAGAUCCUCGUCACAGGCAACCUGAGCUGCAACCGGAAGUCGUGGUAGCAGAAGCUACACUUCUUGAGGACCACGCCACGUCGGAAGUAUUACUUACCAGGGAGAAGGAGAAGAAACGAAGAAAAAGCAACUUCACAACAUUCUCUGUACAAGAAAGACCUGUACCACAUCAACAAGAAGGUUUUGGAUCUGAAGUUCUUGUUUCGCAGGAACCACCAGCAAAGACACGGGCGACGAAAGCAGUAGUACCGGACACGCAGCAGCGCCCCGACGGCCGCCUCACAGGCGAGGACAAGGAUACUCGAGGCAGUGGUCCGGAAGAAGAAGGACAAGCUGCUUGUUCCCCACGACCUGCCACGGGGCCAGCACGUGUUCCGGAAAAAUCUUCACAACAUGAUGCGCAAGAACCAGUUGUUGCAGCUUCCACGACCGCCGUUGCUGCCAGUCUAGAAGAUGCCUUCGCUUCGUUUCUGGAAGAUGUCGAGGAGGUGAAAAACGUAGGUGAAACUGAUCCAAAAGACGAGGGCCCAACAAGAAACCCCCCGGCCGCCUCCAUGGACGCGGCGUUCGCAGAUUUCCUGUCCGACCUGGUCGAUGAGCCAGCGGGAGGUGGUACCACUGAAGAUCCGGCGUCAAAAACAUUACCCUUUGCCUCAUCCGGAAGUGGUGCCGCUGUCGGCAUAAACUGGGCGGCGUAUUCCGCCGCGCACGGCGGUAGUGAGAAAAACGACCAGGAAGAGGACGAGUCGGGGGACGAAGGUCCUGUAACCGCGGGCGUAAUCGAGCGGCCGCCCGAACUGGACGCGAUGAUCGAAAGAAUUAGGGAGGAAACCUGUAUUUCUGGAGAAACUACGGAGGUUCUAUCAUCAUCAAAACAGCGUGGUGUACGUGGGAAAGAUGAAGCGGCUGACGACAGCGAAGGAGAAAUACAGGAUUUUCAUCCGGACGAGGACAAACUCCGAGCAACCGGCGGCCUCAGCACUGCGCAGCGAGGUGCUCGUCUUCAUGCGAAUGAUUCUUUCAAGGUGGAAGUGGCUCUUGAAAAAGUGGAAACACUGGAGGAGGAGGAUCUCUCAAAUGGCGAGCGAAAUGAUCAUGACAGGCAUAGUACACAACGACAAGGGCGUAUUUCAAAAGGUGCUUCAUCUGCACAACCCUCCUCAUUCCCGCGCAUGGAGCUCGUCUUCGCCGCGCCCCCGGACCCGCGACUGGAGCUGUUGCAGCAGCAGCGGGGGAAAAGCGAAAAAAAUCCGCGCGUCACCAUCGUGGACGACGAGGAGGUGGAACUGCUGGACCCUGUGACCGGCGCGACUGCGGGAGGGCUUUUUGGGACGGGUUAUAGUGGGCAAAACGACCCUCUAGAGGACAACACACAGGAGGAGGUUAUCAUCAACUCAGACCCGAUUUUCAACCUGUGCGCACAGAGCACUUCCUCAAAGCUCAAGAAGUUCACUGCGCAGCAGCGCUGGGAGUUGCGCAUUCACCCGGCUGGGGAAAGUGUGAUGACAAACUACAGCGACCGGCGGAAGAAAAUGAAAAACCCCAUCCUCAAACGUGAUGUUGGUGGUGGUGAAAGUGCGACAAGUGCGGCGAAAAAUAAAACCGCAGAAGAAGAACUCUCGUCAAUUGAAGGUCCGAUCGUGAAGCAUUUCAACAUCGCCCGGAUCGGCAGUGUCGAGGCCCGGCGGCGCGCUUUGCUGGAGCUGCGGUACUGGCGGUCAAAGCUGUACCAGAUGCAUAUGGGGGUGUCAGAAUCGAAAUUGACAAAGUUGAAAAAUUUGUGAUGUAUAAAAUCGAUACCACUUGGAACCCAAAUUUUCAAGCGGCGCAUGACAAAUUUUGGCGCCAUCGAAAUCUAGGUUGUCAUGCUGUUUAGCGAAAGAAGGCGCCAUCCUUUGUCAUGCUACUUUAGCAGCUCCAUCCCAAAUCCCAAACGGGCUUCCAAUCGGCCUCACGUGCAAUCCCUGCAAGACAGUCGCUUCGUGCCUUGCAUUUUACGCAUGACAGAUUGCUUCAGCUCUGUCGGUUUCGAUCCUGACACUCCCAUAAUGCACGCGGUCGGCAUUCCGCUGACGAAGAACAACAUCGCCCAGAUUCUGGCCUCCCAAAGCGACCAGAUUUCCUACCAGCGGGAGAAGCUGAAACUCUGCCGCCCGCUGAAGUUCCAGACCCUGCACCUACUCUACCAGACGGGGAACGGCCGUCAGGUCAUUCCCUGGAGCCUGGCCGGCGGCACGCGGUUCGACCGGGCGGGGGACGGUGGCAAGGGCGGUUUCAGUGACUUUUUCGGGAGAGGAACUGCGGGAAACAAGAAGGGAACAACUCCAAGUGUCAACAAAAAGGGAACCAAUAAGGCCGCCGCCGCUGCGGCGCAACAGGGUGGGAAGCAUCAGCCAGGGAGAAAAACGUUUCAGCAGGCGAUGCAGUAUGAACUGCAAAAGUAUCGUACUCGUAUAAAUGCAUUACAAAUUUUCUCAGCAUGAGAAAGAAAAUUUGUAAUGCGGAUUUAUAAUGCAUGAUUGGAAUACGAGUACGAUACUUUUGCACAGGAUAUGCAGGCCGUAAACACGAUGAUGCAGGACGCCAACCGCACAGACCUCCGCGUCCCGCAGCACCCCUUUCAACUGCACUGGGCGGUCAAGAGCGGACACGAGGCGGUGGGGAGUUGGCGCAACCCAAUCGGGUUCGUCGUGAACGCACCGGGCGCGAAGAUGGUUGCGCGCUUGCGGGAGCGGCUGUUGUUGACGCAACACCACCAGGACAAUCUGAACCAAAAACCCAAUAGAAUAACUGGUGCCGCACCGUCCGCGGCAACCUCCCUGCAGGUGACGAAGGAAAAGCUGCUCGCGAAGUACGAGCGCGUGGGCGUGUACUCUAUCAAGUGCAAAUAUGUCUGGGUCUGGAAGGUUGGAGCUUGUGAUGCUAACUUUGGACUGAAAAAAUAUCUGCAUUGCAUGAUCAGCAAGAGCAGGAGUCUAGUUUGUGCUAGCGGGAAGGGCAUUUGUCAUGCGGAAUAGGCAUCAGGAAGCCCUCGAAAAAUCUGUGAUGCUAGGUCAUGCAUAACAGACAUCCUGGGUCAUGCAAAAUAUGCAUGACAAACCCGGCAACAUUCCAGACCCAGACAUUUUUGCAUUUGAUAGACUCCGCUUCGUCGCAGUCCGAGUUCGGGAAAACGACGCUCGAGGGCCUCACGGUGCUGCCUAUGCGUUGCAAAUAUGUCUGGGUCUGGAAACUUGUAAUGCUGAGCUGUGAAUACUGAAUGGUCUGUAAUGCAUAGCCAAGCAUGAAAAAUAUUUACGGGGCUUGUUAGUGUUGCGUUUUCCGCAUGACAAACAUCGUUUUUGCAUGACAAGCAAAAGGGUCUCUUCUUGGACACGCAUCACAGACUUUUCAGUCAUGCCAGACAAGCAUGACAAACCUUGCACAUAUUUGCAUUUGAUACUGCCCGCGAACUCGCAACUGCUGCUGCUCGCGUUCCUGCGGCCCCGGCAGUGCGGUCCGGAGAAGGUGGAGGUGCUGGUGGACUUGGACCGGAAACGGCUUCUGUACCUGAAACUUCUCGGGCACUCGCACUACAUGAACUUUCACCUGUCGAAACUCAACCGCAUCAACGCGUUGCGCGCCGCGCUCAGCCGCGUCUUUUUCCAGAAGAAAAUCGCCGACCAGAGCGACGUGUUGCGGACCAUCGGGAUCCUUUUUGAAAACGAGGAGGAGGAGGAAACGGGGCAGCGGACCGGCGGUCAGGCGGAGGUAAAGCAGGAGAGCAGAAACACUGGCAGCCACGUGACCAAUUUCGGGCAGGUGUGGCUACCCUUGGAAGAGCAGCACGUCCGGUGCGCAUCGGACCUGCAGUCGUUUCAGACCACGAGCAGAACGGGGGGUACAGGAACCAGUGGCAGUAGGAAAACGACGGUACUGGUACGGUGUGCGCUAUAUUAGCGCUCUCUUUGGGUGUUUGUACGUGAAGUAGAUAUUUUUACGAGCAACUUCUUUUCCUUUUCGAACAAACUUGCCGUAACAAAAUGUAUCUACUUCUGAAGGAGCAUACAUGUCUAAGUACCGAGGCAAAAAAAUUCGAACAGGGAUCCUCCUCCUCCAGAAAACCUGGCAUGCCCACAAGUUCGGCAAGCAGCUCCAGUAGCGGACAGCAAUUUUUCAGUUUUUCUUCUUCGCAAUUUGUCGCCUGGGAUGACAAAAAGGACGAUACUGCCGAUAACAACGACGACCAAAGGGAAAACGAACACGAUCAAGAACCCUCGGAGGAAGAGGAAAUUCGAAACGGAAUUAUACUUGCAGGGGAGAAUCAUGAAGGAGGCAAUGAGGCUCGAAACAAGCAGCGGGGACAACUAGAAUACGACUGCGGCUCUGCGCAUGAUCCCAAUUUGGUAGGAGACGACCAUGCGACCGCGGACUCGGAGUACCACGUGCUGCUCCCUCCGCUGCUUCUCCUGCAGCAGAUCGAGACCCUGGAAAGAGCAAGACGAGAGGCGAAAAGCCUCGCGGAAGGUGCCGUGGAGCAAGUCCGGAGUAUGCAUUGCAAAUAUGUCAUCUGGGUCUGGAAAUUUGUGAUGCUAAAACGUGCAUGAUGAAAACACUUCCUUAUGCGGGAAAGCAUGACAAGUUUGCAGAACGCUUUCUCAUACGCGCCCCGCAUGAGAAACUGCGUUUUUGUACGACGGGAGGGGCUGCGACUUUUGUUGGUCAUGCAACACAGGUUUCGCAGGAAUGCAAAACCAGCAUUACAGGUUCCAACUUUCCAGACUCAGACACUUUUGCAUUUGAUACGGAGACUGGAGAAGCAAUUGGGACCACGAGAUCAACAACAUGCGGGCUCCUUUCCGACGUUUUUUGCCCGUCUCAGCGACCAGCACGACCUGCUCGGACGCUUGUCGGCCAACCUGCAUUUGCGCGUGCAAUACGGAUUGCAAAUAUGUCUGGGUCUGGAAGAGCCAAACUUGUGAUGCUGCAUUUGGAUGCUAAAAAAAGCUGUAUUGCAUGAGCAGCAAGAGGAGUCAAAUUUGGCUACGCGGAGAGGGCAUUUGUCAUGCAGGAUGCGCAUCGAUAGGCGCUCAAAAAAUCUGUGAUGCUAUGGCAUACAUCGGAGACAUCAUGGAUCAUGGAAAAUGUGCAUGACAAACUUCUCCUCUUCCAGACCCAGACACUUUUGCAUUCCAUAUGCAACAGAACCGGCCGGACGACCACUCCCUGCAGCAGGACGUCGCCGACUUUCCCCGGCGGGCCCGGGAGCUGACCGGCAGCGCGGAAAAGUACUUUGCGGAGGCGGACGCCGUGCGGGCGCAGGCCGCGCAGCUGGCGGAGCCCUUCGUGACCCCGACCGCGGAGCAACUCAGCAACUUGUCCUCCACCGUCGGAGCCACCAACUACAAGCAAGUGGCGAAAAAGCUGAAGGUGUCGCUGCGGGAAAUCGCGCGACAGCUGCGCCAGCACGGCGAGCGGAAGCUGGAGCAGAUGCGCGCGUGGGUGCAGGGGGCGGAAGCGCUGGGGCAGCAGUACUGGGCGGUCAUGAUGGGGGUGCAACAGUGAGAUGAUUUGCUCGAGGAACAACGGAAGCCAGAUUUAAUUCUGAAGAGAGAGCUGGUGUGAUGCAAAGGCAAAGCGUUCUACUGCAAGUACCUACAUGAGUAGCAAACAAGCCGAGCUUGUUCUCCUUAUGGGUACGCUUGAAAUUGUUGCCUAACGCGUGCUCUGAUCAAUGUUUGAAGCAAGCGGCAUUGUGUUUGGUGAGAGUGACUGAAGCCAAGGCACUUACUUUGGCUUUGUGUUUGUCGAUGAGAUGAGAGUUGUCGCCGUCUGGUAGACUUGUAUGCAUUGUUCGCACAGGAG